GAUAUAGCCGUAUUCCCGAUCCCAUCUUCUUCCCGCAUUGCAAAUGCAAGAAAAACAAAGAAGACACCGGAGGAAAUUAAGGUCGUGCCAUCUAUAUUAUUCAUCCGAAUAAAAACCCACCAAAGCACUCCUAAGUUAUUACCCGAAUACCGGAUUGGUGAUGCUCCUUAG